UCUCUACUGUACCAACUCAACCGGUUAAACUCAGUCAAAAUGCUAAUGUUUAAUGAUUAACCCGCACAUUUACUCAUGUUUGAUUGUGUAACAUGUCGCGUGUGUUGAGCCGGACAGGUUGAGGAGGUUAAAUUAGUCCCAAACAGCAUGUUAACAUCAGUCUCCAGCGCUCCAGAGGAAAUCCGAGACUGAGAAACCGAAACCAGAGCAGAAAAUGACGGUAAACGAGGAGAGUAAACACGGUAAACUCGCAAAGUUUCUCUCCGCCACCUUUUACGCGUUCUGCUCGUUCCUCAUCAUCGUGAUCAACAAAAGUAUUUUAACGGAGUAUAAGUUUCCCUCGUUUAUGUUUCUCGGUAUCGGGCAGAUGGCAGCUACUAUCAUCAUUCUUUAUGUCGCUAAAAUGAAUAAAACAAUUCAUUUUCAGGACUUUGACAGAAGCAUUGUGGGAAAGAUUUUUCCUUUACCUCUGCUGUAUGUGGGGAAUCAUGUUACUGGAUUGGGAGGAACAAAGAAAUUAAGCUUACCGAUGUUCACCGUGCUCAGAAAAUUCACUAUUUUACUCACUAUGAUUAUGGAGUCCAGGAUACUCAAAAAAACCUUCGCUCCGCCUUUGGUCUGCAGUGUUUUGACUAUCGUUCUGGGUGCUUUGAUCGCAGCCAGCUCGGAUCUGUCUUUUAAUGCAGAAGGAUAUACGUUUGUCCUGCUGAAUGACGUCUUCACAGCUGCCAGUGGCGUUUACACCAAGAAAAAACUGGGAAUGGAGGGUCUCGGUAAAUAUGGCGUAUUGUUUUAUAACGCAUUCAUCAUUAUUAUACCAACUGUGCUGGCGAGUGCGUAUACGGGAGAUCUACGGAAGGCUCUUACUUAUGAAGGAUGGCUGUCUUUUACAUUUAUAUUGUAUUUUUUACUGUCUUGUGUCAUGGGGUUUAUUUUGAUGUAUUCAAUCAUCCUCUGCAGUUACUACAACACAGCAUUAACCACCACAGUUGUUGGUGCAAUUAAAAAUGCAGGUGUGAUGUACAUCGGCAUGUUUGUCGGUGGAGACUACAUCUUCUCAUGGCCAAACUUUAUAGGCUUGAAUAUAUGCAUCUCGGCUGGAUUAGUUUAUUCCUACAUCACAUUAAGCUCUGCAGAAACCAACACAAAACCAGCGGAGGAGAAAAUCACGGUUCAUAUUACAGAGAGUAACCUGCAGAAAACAUGAUUCUCCAUGUUAAACCCAGCCACAGAUCAAACCUUAGUGUUUUACUGAAGGCAGUGUUUGUGUAUUGGUGAAGGAAAACCAAAGAGGAAUCGCUGCUUCAGUCAUUUACGUAUUUACUACUGUUAAAAGGUUCUGGAAUAGUGUGAUUAUUAAUGUUUUAUAUAUAUAUACAGUAUGUCACAAACCCCUUACAUUUCUGCUAAUAU